UGGAUUUCUUGCGGCGCGUCCCCAAACGUUUAGGAUUGGCGGCCAUCUUGUCAACACAACACACGCCGCUUUGCUUGGCUGCAAGAUACAUCUCAUCAUUCCUGGAGGCGUAGUAACGAAUGUCCAUUGCGUGGUAGGAGACAAGUGAGAGAUGGCGCUGCCGCCAUAUCUCAUCCCGGGCAGCCCAUGGGCCUACAUGGCACAGCAGCAGGCCCAGCUUGCAGCUGCCCAGGCUCAGGCUGCCCAUGCCCAGAUGCAUGCACACUUCCAGGCCCAGGCACAGGCCCACACUGCCCAGGCCCAGGCCAUCCCCCGCCCCCAGGCUGGCCCCCCACCUGUGGAGAAUGUCUCCCUGGAGAAGAUGCAGGAGAAGGCACGAAGAUGGCAGCAGCUACACAACAAGAAAUAUGCUGAGAAGCGCAAGUUUGGCUUUGUUGAUGUGCAGAAGGAGGAGAUGCCGCCGGAGCACAUCCGCAAGAUCAUCCGUGACCAUGGAGACAUGUCGAGCCGCAAGUACCGGCAUGACAAAAGGGUGUACCUGGGCGCUCUCAAAUUCAUGCCUCAUGCUGUUCUCAAGCUCCUUGAAAACAUGCCAAUGCCCUGGGAGCAGAUCAGAGAUGUGCAGGUGCUGUACCACAUCACAGGUGCCAUCACGUUUGUCAAUGAGAUCCCGUGGGUGAUUGAGCCAGUGUACAUCUCCCAGUGGUCAACCAUGUGGAUGAUGAUGAGGAGAGAGAAGAGGGACCGUCGUCACUUCAAGCGCAUGAGAUUCCCACCCUUUGAUGAUGAGGAGCCGCCCCUGGACUUUGCAGACAAUGUGCUGGACGUGGAGCCCCUUGAGGCUAUCCAGAUGGAGCUAGACCCAGAGGAAGAUGUGGAGGUUGCUGACUGGUUCUACGAGCACAAACCCUUGAUAGACACCAAACAUGUCAAUGGCCCCACCUACCGCAAGUGGCGCCUCACCCUGCCCCAGAUGGCAACUCUGUACCGUCUGGCAAACCAGUUGCUCACUGAUGUCUGUGACAACAACUACUUUUACCUCUUUGAUCUGAAGUCUUUCUUCACAGCAAAAGCCCUGAACAUGGCACUGCCUGGAGGUCCCAAAUUUGAGCCAUUGAUCAAAGAUAUGAACCCAGCAGAUGAAGACUGGAACGAGUUCAAUGACAUCAACAAGAUCAUUGUUAGGCAUCAGGUGCGCACAGAAUAUCGCAUUGCAUUCCCUUAUCUGUUCAACAACAUGCCACAGUAUGUUCACCUGAGCUGGUACCACACCCCUGUGGUGCUCUACAUCAAGACAGAGGACCCAGAUCUGCCUGCCUUCUACUUUGACCCACUCAUCAACCCUAUCUCCCACCGCAACACUGUCAAGGGCGAGGUGUUGCUGCCUGAUGAUGAUGAGGAAUUUGAGUUGCCAGAAGGUGUUGACUCUCUUCUGAAGGAGUGGCAGUUGUAUGAUGAUGCAACAGCAAAUGGCAUAGCUCUCCUGUGGAGCCCCCGGCCCUUCAACAUGCGCUCAGGCACCAUGAGGCGGGCCAUCGAUGUGCCCCUUGUGAAGAUGUGGUACAGGGAGCACUGUCCACCAGGUCAACCAGUGAAGGUGCGCGUGUCAUACCAGAAGCUGCUGAAGUACUACGUGCUCAAUGCCCUCAAGCACCGACCUCCCAAAGCCCAGAAGAAGCGCUACCUGUUCCGCUCCUUCAAGGCCACCAAGUUCUUCCAGACGACAACGCUGGACUGGGUGGAGGUGGGCCUGCAGGUCUGCCGGCAGGGCUACAACAUGCUCAACCUCCUCAUCCAUCGCAAGAAUCUCAACUAUCUUCACUUGGACUACAACUUCAACCUCAAGCCUGUCAAGACCCUCACCACUAAGGAACGUAAGAAGUCCAGGUUCGGCAAUGCUUUCCAUCUGUGCCGUGAGAUCCUCCGUCUUACUAAGCUGGUGGUGGAUGCCCAUGUGCAGUACCGGCUCAACAAUGUUGAUGCCUUCCAGCUGGCAGAUGGUCUCCAGUAUAUUUUUGCUCAUGUUGGCCAGCUGACUGGGAUGUAUCGCUACAAGUACAAGCUCAUGAGGCAGAUCCGUAUGUGCAAGGAUCUCAAGCAUGUCAUCUACUACAGGUUCAACACAGGACAGGUGGGUAAAGGCCCUGGGUGUGGCUUCUGGGCCCCUGGAUGGAGGGUGUGGCUCUUUUUCAUGAGAGGCAUCACCCCUCUGCUGGAGCGGUGGCUUGGGAAUCUUCUCUCCCGUCAGUUUGAGGGUCGCCACAGCAAGGGUGUGGCCAAGACAGUCACCAAACAGCGGGUGGAGUCACACUUUGAUCUAGAGCUUCGUGCUUCUGUCAUGCAUGAUAUCCUGGACAUGAUGCCAGAAGGGAUCAAGCAGAACAAGGCUCGUACUAUCCUCCAGCAUCUCUCUGAGGCUUGGAGGUGCUGGAAAGCCAACAUCCCCUGGAAGGUUCCUGGCCUGCCUACUCCUAUUGAAAACAUGAUCCUCCGCUAUGUCAAGAUGAAAGCUGACUGGUGGACCAACACAGCCCACUACAACCGUGAGCGCAUCCGCCGUGGAGCAACAGUGGACAAGACAGUGUGUAAGAAGAACAUGGGAAGGCUCACUCGCCUGUACCUCAAGUCAGAGCAGGAGCGUCAACACAACUACCAGAAGGAUGGACCAUACAUUAGUCCUGAGGAAGCUGUAGCCAUCUACACCACCACUGUGCAUUGGCUGGAGUCUCGCCGCUUUGCCCCCAUUCCCUUUCCUCCACUUUCCUACAAGCAUGACACCAAGCUGCUCAUCCUAGCCCUGGAGAGACUCAAGGAAGCCUACAGUGUCAAAUCCCGCCUCAACCAGUCACAGCGAGAGGAGCUCGGACUGAUUGAACAAGCCUAUGACAACCCUCACGAGGCCUUGUCACGCAUCAAGCGUCAUCUUCUGACUCAGCGAGCCUUCAAGGAAGUUGGCAUAGAGUUUAUGGAUCUUUACAGCCACCUGAUCCCUGUGUAUGAUGUAGAGCCUCUAGAGAAGAUCACAGAUGCAUACUUAGAUCAGUAUCUGUGGUAUGAAGCAGACAAGCGUCGCCUCUUCCCACCAUGGGUGAAGCCUGGGGACUCUGAACCUCCACCACUGUUGGUUUACAAGUGGUGCCAGGGAAUCAACAAUCUCACAGAUGUCUGGGAUACAGCAGAUGGAGAGUGCAAUGUCAUGCUGGAGUCCAAAUUUGAGAAGCUGUAUGAGAAGAUUGACUUGACGCUGCUCAACAGACUGCUGCGUCUCAUUGUUGACCACAACAUUGCAGAUUACAUGACAGCCAAGAAUAACGUGGAUAUCAACUACAAGGACAUGAACCACACUAAUCGUUAUGGCAUCAUCCGAGGUCUUCAGUUUGCUUCUUUCAUCGUCCAGUACUAUGGCCUGGUGAUGGAUCUCCUUGUGCUGGGUCUCAAGCGCUCAGCAGACAUGGCUGGUCCUCCACAGAUGCCCAAUGACUUUCUUAACUUCCAGGACGUAGCCACAGAAACCCAGCACCCCAUCCGCCUUUACUCCCGGUACAUAGACCGGAUUCAUAUCUUCUUCCGCUUCUCGGCUGAGGAGGCGAAAGACCUCAUCCAGCGGUACCUAACAGAGCACCCAGAUCCCAACAAUGAGAACAUCGUUGGCUACAACAACAAGAAGUGCUGGCCAAGAGAUGCCCGGAUGCGGCUCAUGAAGCACGACGUCAACCUUGGCCGAGCAGUGUUCUGGGACAUCAAGAAUCGUCUGCCACGCUCAGUCACUACAGUAACAUGGGAGAGUUCCUUUGUCUCUGUGUACUCCAAAGACAAUCCCAACCUGCUGUUCAACAUGUCUGGGUUUGAGUGCCGCAUUCUGCCCAAAUGCCGCAUGACCCAUGAAGAGUUCAAGCAUAGAGAUGGUGUCUGGAACCUGCAGAACGAGGUGACAAAGGAGAGGACAUCCCAGUGUUUCUUGAGAGUGGAUGAUGAAUCUAUGCAGAGGUUCCACAAUCGUGUCAGACAGAUCCUUAUGGCUUCUGGGUCAACAACUUUCACCAAAAUUGUCAACAAGUGGAAUACAGCUCUGAUUGGCCUGAUGACCUACUACAGGGAGUCUGUGGUAAACACACAGGAACUGCUGGACCUCCUGGUGAAAUGUGAAAAUAAGAUUCAAACUCGUAUCAAGAUUGGCUUGAAUUCCAAAAUGCCUUCUAGGUUCCCUCCAGUUGUCUUCUACACUCCAAAGGAGUUAGGAGGCUUGGGUAUGUUGUCCAUGGGUCAUGUUCUCAUUCCUCAGUCUGACCUGCGUUGGAGCAAGCAGACAGAUGUGGGCAUCACUCACUUCAGAUCUGGCAUGAGUCAUGAUGAAGACCAGCUCAUUCCAAACUUGUACAGGUACAUCCAGCCAUGGGAAACGGAAUUCCUCGACUCACAGAGAGUGUGGGCUGAAUAUGCUCUUAAAAGACAAGAAGCCACAGCACAGAACCGCAGAUUGACUCUUGAGGAUCUGGAGGACUCCUGGGACCGAGGGAUUCCAAGAAUUAACACACUCUUCCAGAAAGAUCGUCACACCCUGGCUUAUGAUAAAGGAUGGCGCAUCCGAACAGAGUUCAAACAGUACCAGGUGCUGAAACAGAAUCCCUUCUGGUGGACACAUCAGCGCCAUGAUGGUAAGCUGUGGAACCUGAACAACUACAGGACUGACAUGAUCCAGGCCCUUGGAGGUGUGGAGGGCAUCCUGGAGCACACACUCUUCAAGGGAACAUACUUUCCCACAUGGGAAGGUCUCUUCUGGGAGAAAGCCUCAGGUUUUGAAGAGAGCAUGAAGUAUAAAAAACUGACCAAUGCCCAAAGAUCAGGUCUCAACCAGAUCCCCAAUCGUCGCUUCACUUUGUGGUGGUCACCCACAAUCAACAGGGCAAAUGUGUAUGUGGGUUUCCAGGUGCAGCUUGACCUGACUGGCAUUUUCAUGCAUGGCAAGAUUCCCACACUGAAGAUCUCUCUCAUUCAGAUAUUCAGAGCUCACUUGUGGCAGAAAAUCCAUGAGUCUGUUGUCAUGGAUCUUUGUCAAGUGUUUGAUCAGGAGCUGGAUGCCCUGGAGAUUGAGACGGUGCAAAAGGAAACCAUCCAUCCUCGAAAGUCAUACAAGAUGAACUCCUCCUGUGCUGACAUUCUGCUCUUUGCAGCCUACAAAUGGAACUAUUCCAAACCUUCGCUCCUGGCAGACUCCAAGGACACCAUGGAUGGCUCCACCACACAGAAGUAUUGGAUUGAUGUACAGCUCAGGUGGGGUGACUAUGAUUCCCAUGAUGUUGAGCGCUAUGCUAGAGCAAAGUUCUUGGACUACACUACAGACAACAUGUCUCUCUACCCAUCUCCAACAGGUGUCUUGAUUGCCAUUGAUUUAGCUUACAAUCUACACAGUGCUUAUGGUAACUGGUUCCCAGGAGCAAAGCCCUUAAUACAGCAAGCUAUGGCAAAAAUCAUGAAAGCCAACCCUGCCUUGUAUGUAUUGCGUGAGCGCAUUCGUAAAGGUCUCCAGUUGUACUCCUCUGAACCUACUGAACCAUACCUUUCCUCCCAGAACUAUGGUGAACUUUUUUCCAAUCAGAUCAUCUGGUUUGUUGAUGAUACAAAUGUGUACAGAGUGACCAUUCACAAAACAUUUGAAGGUAACUUGACAACUAAACCCAUCAAUGGUGCCAUUUUCAUUUUCAACCCUCGCACAGGCCAGCUCUUCCUGAAAAUCAUCCACACCUCUGUGUGGGCUGGACAGAAACGUUUGGGUCAGCUGGCUAAGUGGAAGACUGCUGAGGAAGUUGCUGCCCUCAUUCGGUCUUUACCUGUAGAGGAGCAACCUAAGCAGAUCAUUGUCACCAGGAAAGGCAUGUUGGAUCCUCUUGAGGUUCACUUGUUGGAUUUCCCCAAUAUUGUCAUCAAGGGUUCAGAGCUGCAGCUGCCCUUCCAGGCUUGCCUGAAGGUAGAAAAGUUUGGUGAUCUGAUCCUGAAGGCAACAGAGCCCCAGAUGGUGCUCUUCAAUCUGUAUGAUGACUGGUUAAAGAACAUUUCAUCAUACACUGCUUUCUCCCGUCUCAUCCUUAUCUUGCGAGCCCUUCAUGUCAACAAUGACCGCACCAAGGUUCUGCUCAAGCCUGACAAGACCACAAUUACAGAGCCUCACCAUAUCUGGCCCUCCCUUAGUGAUGAAGACUGGGUCAAGGUAGAAGUGCAGCUUAAAGAUCUCAUUCUUGCAGAUUAUGGUAAAAAGAACAAUGUAAAUGUAGCUUCCCUUACACAGUCUGAGAUCAGGGACAUUAUUCUGGGUAUGGAAAUCAGCGCUCCUUCAGCCCAGAGGCAACAGAUUGCUGAAAUUGAGAAGCAGACUAAGGAACAGUCCCAGCUCACAGCCACCACCACACGCACUGUUAACAAGCAUGGUGAUGAAAUUAUCACCUCUACCACUAGCAACUACGAGACCGCGACAUUCAGCAGCAAAACUGAAUGGCGAGUUAGGGCGAUAUCUGCCACCAACCUCCACCUGCGUACUAAUUAUAUCUAUGUUUCUUCAGAUGACAUCAAGGAAACUGGAUUCACUUACAUUUUACCAAAGAAUGUUUUGAAGAAGUUUAUCAUUAUCUCAGAUCUGCGUACACAGAUUGCAGGGUACCUGUAUGGUGUGAGUCCUCCAGACAAUCCUCAAGUGAAGGAGAUCCGCUGCAUUGUGAUGCCACCCCAGUGGGGAACACAUCAGAUGGUUCACCUCCCACACAAGCUGCCAACGCAUGAAUUCCUGAAUGAGCUUGAGCCUUUGGGAUGGAUUCACACUCAGCCCAAUGAACUGCCUCAGCUCUCUCCUCAUGACAUCACCACCCAUGCCACCGUCAUGGCUGACAACAGCUCCUGGACAACAGACCGUACCAUUGUCAUCACCUGUUCCUUUACGCCAGGCUCCUGUUCUCUGCAGGCCUACAAGCUAACACCCUCUGGCUUUGAGUGGGGCCGUAACAACAAGGACAUGGGCAAUAACCCCAAAGGUUACUUACCUUCACACUAUGAGAAGGUCCAGAUGCUUCUCUCUGACCGCUUUCUAGGCCUUUUCAUGACUCCGCUGCAAGGAUCCUGGAAUUACAACUUCAUGGGAGUACGUCAUGACCCUAACAUGAAGUACGACCUUCAGCUGGCAAGUCCAAAAGAGUUUUACCAUGAGGUCCACCGUCCUGCACACUUCCUUAACUUCUCUUCACUAGACGAGGCAGACACAGCUGGUGCAGAUAGAGACAAUGCCCUGGAGUAAUCAGUUCCAAUUGUGCUGUGAAAAGUCUUACUGCAUCACUCACUACUAGUUCUCAGUGAAUGUUCAUCAAAGUUCAACAUGAAUAAUGCACAGUUUCAGUGUGUAUGUACAAAAUAUGGGUUGCCAAAUUACUAGAGCUCUGAUGAAAAGUGUGGUCUUACUUCCAAUGAUUUUGCUAGUACUUAUGUUGAGUCAUAUUUCACUUCUAGGUGUGAAUAAUAAUCUUUAUUUUGGCUGUUAUAAUUUAGCAACCCUGUAUGCUGGCAGAUUAUUAGAGGCAACAGUGGUUUGUGGGAAAGAAGAAUGUGUUGCCAUGAAAUGUGAUCAACUAUUUUAACAGAGACAUGGGAAAACUCAUUAACUGGAUGGCUGUGAAGUACACUGUCUCCUGCAGAGCUGCUGAGCUACUAAGCUCUCCUUCCCUGACAUGUUUGAUGGCAUUUCAUUGUAACUUUCUCAUUAGUACGGGAUAUAUUUUCCUUUUAUUGAUAUUAGAAAGAUAACAUGGCAUCUUGCCCGGGCUACAUUCCUGUAAGGGGAAUGGUAUAUAAAUAGAUUAGUUGCCUAAAAUGUAAUUCACUAUGAGGAAUGGUUUUCGUUGAAAUGUUAACUUUGGCUCGUCAUUCUUUUACAAAAAUUUUAUAUAGAAAA